GCCCCUUCUCCCCAUAAAUCACAAAUUAGCGUCCAAAUUAAAAUAUCCUAAAUCUAUUAACAGAAUCCGUAGCUUUCGAUCUUUUCUAUGUGAGCGAACUGUCAAAGUGAGGCACGGCUGUUGUGAUGUACUUACUCUGAUACUCUCGGUCUCAUCGAUCUAUUUUAGAUAAGAUAUGAAGAUUGAAGCGAUAAGGUUUUGAAGAUCGACUCCCAGCCAACUAAAGUGCGGUCUUCUGUUUUUUUUUUUUUUGGAUGAAGGUGCGGUCUUCUGUUGAUAUAAGGAAUUUCAAUCUCUACUCCGCUCUGUUUCCAGGUUCAUUAGAAUUUUGCUUUUUAAUUGUUAGAUGGUAGACGGGAAGGAAGAGGGCAGGAGAGAUGGUUUGGUUACAGAGUUUGAAUUUCUUCUGCCGAAUGGUAUGGGGAGGGUGGUUAGAUCAGACACCAUCGUCCUCUCCAGGGAUACAAAUCAUCACCCGACGAAGGUGUACCGAAAUAGUUUCCUAAAAUCCGUGUAUGGCCGCCAAGAGCUUACAUUCACUUUCCUGACCUGCGGCAGUGGCGGCAGCAGCAGUGAGGAUGAGGGCAGGAUACUGGUGUACAAAGCAGCGAACACAGGAAGUAAUGAGUUAUAUGGAUUUGGUGGCUUUAUAUCUUGCCACUCAUCCGUUUCCAAGACCUUUUUUGCGCUGAAGGUUACUUCCAACCCAAAUUCCAUCCGACUACUGACGCGGGACUUGAGGCAGAACCUGCAAGUCCAGGCGGCGGACCCCUACCCAACUCACUUGAUGAGGGCGAUCCAAAAUUUCGUGGAUGAAAGCAGCGGCGAAUUCUGCAUUGCCAUCACCCCAUUUCCUGAACAUGGCUCUAUGAGGACCAUCAUGAAGCGGAUGAAUGGUGGCACGGGAGGGUUUCCCGAGGAUCUCAUCCUCUGUGCUUUGAGAACCGUUUUGCGAGGUCUGGCUCCUCUUCACGACCAAGGCAUUUUACACACAGACAUCAACGCGGGCCGCCUUUAUCUUGGCUAUGAUCACACCCUGGGCACCCCUGCAAUAUCCCUCGCCUUCAGAGCAGCAACUAUUGACAUUGUGGACGACGACAAUAGGACGACGACAUCUUCAUUCAAUGGUCUAAAUUAUUUGCCCAUGGCUUCCAUGUCUCACUGGGCUGCUGCACCCGAAGUUUAUUAUUGCCCGGCCUCAGCAGCGGCUGAUGUUUGGCUUGUGGGAAUAACUGCUUUGGAAUUGGCAUGUGGGGAAGCGCUCUUUAAAAUUGCAAAUAGGGAAGCCCUGGAGGCCAUCAUCAAGCACAUCCACCGCACACAUCAACUCCCUUCCCCUACGCCUUCUCACAGCAACGCUAGUAUUUUUCCCACAUCAUCAUCAGAUGCAUUACAUGAUGAUAAUGCCGCAUCACUGUCCUCUCCUGCACCCACAUCUAUUGAUCAUCAAACACACGGGAAGAAAGUGAAUUCGGUGUUGAAGCAUUUUGUUCGUACUCUGUUAUUAUCGGUACCCCGACCUGCUGCUGCACAUUCCCCCGUUCCAUUUUCAAAGAACUUCACGAAGAUGGUCAUUAAGUGCCUGGCUUGGGAUCCCAAAAAGAGGCCAACUGUUGCUGCGCUACUCUCCCAAAAAUUCUUCAAAACUGAAUUUCGCCAAGAUGAUUCCGCAUAUUUCUACGAUCAUGUGAAGAACUACCUCACCUAAGGUGAGCAUGCCGGCAUCCGAAAAUAAAUACUUAGAACUACAUGUUUACUUUAUGGGUUAGUAAACGCUGUUUAUUAAAACAGGUUUCACUAACCCGUUGUUUAAUAAGCGGUGUUUGUUAAAUGUAUGCUUAUUUCACGAGAAUGAUUAAACUUUAAAAUGUUUCUUACAAGUUUCUAGAAAAAAAAAUGUUUUUUACCGGUGGGCG